AAAUGGGGCAGCAUACGUGCUGCAACCAGCAAAAGGUUAAGAGAGGGCUUUGGUCUCCUGAAGAAGAUGAAAAGCUCAUCACAUACAUUACCACUCAUGGCUAUGGCUGUUGGAGUGAAGUUCCUGACAAAGCUGGUCUACAAAGGAGUGGGAAGAGCUGUCGGUUGAGGUGGAUCAACUAUUUGAGGCCUGAUAUAAGAAGGGGAAGAUUUUCCCCCGACGAAGAAAAGUUGAUUAUCAAUCUCCAUGCUGCUGUAGGCAACAGGUGGGCUCAUAUAGCAAGUCGCUUACCUGGACGGACAGACAAUGAGAUAAAGAAUUCUUGGAAUUCUUGGAUUAAAAAGAAGUUAAAAAAUCCUUCUCAAUUGCAUUCAACAAAUACAACUUCCAGUAAUAAGAACCCGCACCAUCAUCAUCACCAGCAGCAACAAAUACAAUCCCGAUUUACUUAUAACACAACAAAGCAGCAGCACGAAAUCUUCAAUAGUCAAGAUUUUGGAGCAAAGCCCCAAGUCCAACAAGAAUCCCUAUGUUAUUCACCAAAUUCAUUCGUUUUCGGCACUACUUGUUCACUUGAAACCAUUGCAUAUGGAGGUCAUGCGACUAGUAGAGCUAUUAGUACCAGCUCAUUGUUUCAAGACACAUUGUCUUUGACCUCCGAAUUCUGGCAAACUCAUGAACAACAAAAACAUGAAGCUCAAACAUCGGGAAUGAAUUCGAAUUAUUUGCCUCCUUUGAUAGAGAGCAUAGAGCCACCCAUGGAAAUACCUUCAGUUUGUCGUACUAACAACAUCUUGGAUGUGUCAGGGCAGAUGGGAAGAAAUCAACUAAAUGAAUGGGAGGUGGAAACACAACAAUAUUGUCCAAGCUAUCUAAUUUGGGAUCAAGACACAAGCCCGUUUAUUGGGGACGAUCUUUUAGCUCCAACCACAUCAGACACUGAAGAACUAUUAUCUUCUUUUCCUUCCUAAUCUUGUGGAACUGUUAAUUCUUUUUUUUAUUUGAAUUCCUGGUCUAAUUUAA